GUCAUUACCUCGGUAUCCCAAACAGCUUUGACCAUCAACGCAUGCUGAAAUCAGCUCGGGUCUGUGAAGUCGAAGGGAGAAAACACAUCUGCUUCAGAGACAAGGUGGCUGAUAAUGUUUAUGACAUGUUUCGAACCCAGUACACUCUGUACAGCCAGGCCUAUGAGCACAAGAUUGUGAACAUCAUUGAAAAAAAAAUUACAGAAGCCCUCUCUGCAGCUGAAGACACGAUCACCAAGAUCUCACCGUUUGCUGAAACCACUUUACGAGAUGAGAUGAGCCUGCAGAGGAGAAUAAGUGGCUCACGAAAGCGCACAAAAGCGCUAGCGUCCAAUGAGGAAAGGGUUGAAAAAAUGUCCAAACUAACAGAUCACAUCUUUGAGGAGAUCUUGUACUCCACUGAUGACAAGCUGAAAGAUGCCCGGAUGAAACUUGAGGAUGUUGUGAGGAGACGCCUGCCAAAGUGUGUGGGAGAGACCAGAAUAAAACAAUCUGAGUUCAAAAACAAUCAGAUCUUGCAGAAUGACUGGAAUGAAGCAGUGGACGAGUGGAACAAACUUCACCCAACCGUGUUCUUGGAUAAGAAGGAUUUCAGUGUGGAUACUAUUCAACUGGACAGCACUUACAAGGAGGCUGAAAACCCCAUCAACAAUGUCUAUUUCUACAGAAAGAGGAAACUCACUGAAGCCUUCAAGAUUAAGAAAUAUGAGGUAUCCAGCCUGCUGCCGGAGGAGUUUACUGAAUAUGUUGGUCGGGUUUACUACACAAAAAACUCUGACGAGGAGGAGAAGGACGCUAAGGAGUGCUUUAAAUGGUGGCGCCUUGGCAAGAAUAAGAUUCUGGUCUAUGAUGAGGAAGAAUUUAAAGGGAAUGAGCGCUUGAUCACAAAGGACUGCGCAUCUUUGGACGUCUGUGGUAUAAAAGCAAUCCGCUCCUGUAAGGUGCUCAGUGGCGUCUGGAAUCUCUAUGAGUGUCUUAACUACAGUGAACCAGAGUACACACUACAGCCAGAGAAAGAGUAUCACAAUCCUACAAAGUGGGGUGCCCUCGACCGCACUGCUCCUGCUCUGUCUCUCAGACAUGAGAGAAAAUAAAAUCUGCCCUCUAACUCCAUCUUACCUUGUUGCCCUUGUUCAUCUUAAAAGUAGGGCUAAUAAUGUUUAAAUAUAAUUUCAGUAAAAAAUACUAAACAUGUCUUAACAUCAGGGCUGGCCCCCCAGGAUAAUUUUGGGGCCCUGCCUUGAGGUGAAUAGUGGAGUAUUGCCAUCGCAAACCAGCAACUAUAUACAAUCUAACACAUUUUGCACAUAGAUAUGCCAGUGCAAGAUGCUUUCAGUUAAAGCAGCUCAAUAAUGCAUUUUAGACUGGGACUAUAACUUAAGCCUCGUCUGUCGGGAGUGAGUGGGCAGGCAAUGAGGCAAAG